UUGGAUCAGUUCCGACCUCUAAGCUUUAAUUUCUGCACAGGGAAGACUUUGGAGGAAAAGAAAAUGGCGAACAGAAACAAAUUAUCUCCUUUCCUUGUUGUCUGGGUUCUGGUUUUAUUCGGAACUCUAAUUUUCAUUCUGAAUCGAUUAGGUACUACAGGAGUCUCCUCAGAUGGUAAAGACAUUACAAUCGAGCGGAAUGACGAGGCAAAAACAUCAGAGGAUUUGGAGCGGGUGACACAUAAAGUAUACUUUGAUGUCGAAAUUAAUGGAAAACCUACUGGUCGUAUUGUCAUGGGCCUCUUUGGGAAAACUGUCCCAAAGACAGCGGAAAACUUCAGAGCUCUUUGCACAGGGGAAAAAGGAACAGGGAAAGCUGGCAAGCCUCUCCAUUACAAAGGUAGCAGUUUCCAUAGGAUCAUACCAAACUUCAUGAUCCAGGGUGGCGACUUCACCCGUGGUGAUGGGCGAGGUGGAGAGUCAAUAUAUGGUGAAAGCUUUCCAGAUGAAAACUUUGAUCUAAAACACACUGAACCUGGUAUUUUGUCAAUGGCGAAUGCUGGACCAGACACCAACGGAUCUCAGUUCUUUAUCACAACUGUAGCCACGAGCUGGUUGGACAAGCAUCAUGUUGUUUUUGGGAAGGUGCUAUCUGGGAUGGAUGUUGUCCACAAAAUGGAAGCUGAAGGCAGACAAAGUGGAACCCCGAAAAGCAAAGUUAUAAUAUCAAAUAGUGGUGAACUACCUCAGUGAUUCAAUUUUCCAUGUACCAGAAUACCUCAAAUGCUUGAAAGUGCUUAACCUCGCUCUAAAUCCAGUUUCAUACACUGUCAAGAAAUGUGCUAUGGGACUUCCGCCGCUUGUAAAGUUAAAACAACCCUCUUGAAAUAGGAUCACAUCUGCUGCUCUGAAUAGACAAGGCUCAUUUUAUGAAAAUUGUUAUAAAACUUUUGCUUUUAUAUUUAUUUUCGUAAAGAAUUUUGAAUAAAUUCUUUGUUGUAUGUAACAUAAAAAGAUAUGUUAUUGAAAUUUCCAUUUUGUUCUCAUUGCUAGAAAA